CCCUAGAAAUAUUUUGGGGCGCGCGGAGGCGGAGAAGCCAUGGCUCCCGCGCUCGAUGUGUCCGUGUCCUUCGACAAUGUCCGCGACAAGAACAUGAUGCUGCUCAAGAAGCUCAAUGCCGCGAUCUUCCCUGUCAAGUAUCAAGACAACUACUACACGGACGCGCUCGCGUCCGGCGAUUUCACCAAGCUAGCGUACUAUGGCGAUAUUUGCGUUGGAAACAUUGCCUGUCGCGUGGAGAAGAAAGAAAGCGAAACGAAGAUCUACAUUAUGACGCUGGGAGUUCUCGCUCCAUACAGGAACCUGGGAAUUGGAACCAAGCUGCUAAAUUCCGUGCUGGAUUUGUGUCAGCAAGACCCCAAGAUCGUAGAGAUCUACUUGCAC